UUAUCUGUGUCGGGCCGUGAUUAUUUAGACCCGCCACCAGCACCAGCACCACUGAUAUUCCAAAGCCAAGGUAGGGGCGAGGGAAACAAAGUCAGAGCGAGCAAGAAGCACAGAGAUUCGAAGGUUCAAGUUGGGUCUCUCUUGAUGCAUUAUUCUGAUUCGUGUUAGUUUAUCUGUUACUUGUUGUUCAAGCUAGUAAGCGGACCCUACUUGUUGAUAGUUGAGCAGGACUAUCAAUCCUAACCCAAUAGCUACUACAUGCAGUUUAAGCAAAAAUGUGAAAAAAGGUAACCAACCAUGUUUCGCGCCAGAGCCACUUGGGUCCGAUUCGCAAAGCCAUUAUUCAAUUCCAAAACCAGACCAUUUUGCACCAACAACAACAAGACGACCAAACCCACAAGCAAUAACAGUAUCAGUGUCAGUGAAAACAAUGCUGUUGAAUCCAAUGUGAGUAAUGAUUACCACCAAGCGUAUAAGCAGCUGGACAAGCUGGACAUCAUCACUGCCGCUAAGAUGCUCUUCACGGAUCCUCCCAAGAAAAAGAAAUUCGGGUUUGAUUUCCAUCUGGUACAAUUCUUCUUUGCCUGUAUGCCUUCCUUGGCUGUAUAUUUGGUGGCUCAAUAUGCUCGCUAUGAUAUCAGAAAAAUGGAAGCAGAACUGGAGCAGAAAAAGAAGCAAGAAGAAGAAAAGAAAGCAAAAGAAAUGGAGUUAAAUGCCACAGAAGAAAAAGAAGCAGGAUCUGAUUCAGAGCUUUUGGAGGUGAAAGUGAGACUGGAUAAACUUGAGGAGGCUAUAAAGGAGAUAGUGGUUGAAACAAAGAAGCAACCUGCUAGUGGUCUAGCCAAAAAUCAGAAAGAGGGUAGUGAGAAAAAGGAUCUUGCCACUGAGCCAACCAACACCAAAAGUAGAUCAGAACCCAGCAAUAUUGUAGGUAAAGAUCAUCUCAAUAAACAGGAACCUGUGGAACCGAGAAAAGGUUCCUGAAGCUUCCCUGCAGGAUCAGAAGGGCAAGACCCAAAAUGGAGGGUCUUCUCAAGAUGCGAAAACAUGAACACAAGCUUCUUCAAUUCAUGUAGAUAUAAAAGCACAAAGGUUUUGUUUUAGACAAAGCAUGCACCUGAAUUGUCUUCUUUUUUGGGGGGAAAGUCCAACAAUCAAUUUGCAUGGUUUUGGGAUCAGCACAAGUUACAGUGGGAGAUCCAUUGAUCAAAAAUUUUAAUUGCUUAUUAGCGGAAAUUUUAUGCAGCUGAUUUGUCUCUCUUGUUGGGCAUUUUCUGUGCUUGCAACAUGUAAGAGUAUUUAAUUAUAGAUCUUAUUUUCUUCCUUUAUUUUUUUUUUCGUGAUAAGUAGUGUGAAUGCCUUAAGGAGAGUAAAUUUUGAUGCAUCACAUUACCAAAGAAUGUGAGUUAUUGGUUUCAAGCUGUGGUGAUCGACUGGUUUUUAUUGGUUAGUUUACAUACCUUAAUCUCUCUGAA